GAACCUGACUUAUCGAUUGAAACGUGCUUAUACCUAAAAAUAAUUCUUAACUCAUAACUAAUAUAUUUCCGUUUGCAACGCGCUGGAUGUUCUUAACGUUUCCUUUGAUGCAUUGUCAGACGGUGAGAAACAUCUCGUGGUUUGAUAGUAAAAAAAAAGACUAUUCUUCCCCGUGUGCGAGGUAAAAGGGAUUCCCUCAACGUCACCAAGGAGACCAAACAAAACACCAGCGCAGCCCCAUAUAUGGGCACGUACGUCACGGCGGAACUCCGAGGCGGGACUUAAAGAGAGCGAGAAAGGAGAGGUAGAAAUGCCCUGGUUUUACUCAAAGAGGAUGGAUUAAUUCAAGACUAUAAGGCGAGACGCGUGUCCGUGGACUUAAAGAUUGUAACGUCGGCCAGCCUCCGUGGAUUUGUAACCUUACAUUCGGACGGCGGACUAAGGGAAUACCUCCUCGGUCUGAGCGGAGUUCAACAUCUGGAGUUCAGGCGCUUCCCGACCAGGGGACCCGGAUCACCUUCUCCAUGCAACUUUUUUGGAAAGACACUAAAAGCACCUUACCGCACCACGUUAAGAAGAUCACCGACGGUGACGCCCCGCUGUCCCGGACCGACCCACCUCGAGUCUCCCAGGGGGUAAUGUUCGGAGGGUUCUCCGGAGACAUCGACAGCGGUUCCCGUGAGAGUUCGUCCCCGUCCAUCGAGUCCCAGUACAUCUCCUCCCUGGACUCCUUCGGCAGCCCGCCGACCACCAGUGCUCCGCAGGAGUGUGUGCCGGCUGUAGGUGGGCUCAUCAGCGUCGCGGGAGGAGGAGCAGCGGGUGGAGGAGGAGGAGGAGCAGCGGGUGGAGGAGGAGGAGGAGCAGCGGGUGGAGGAGGAGGAGGCUUGGAGAUGCCCGGCUCGUUCGUCCCCACCGUCACCGCCAUCACCAGCAGCCAGGACCUGCAGUGGAUGGUGCAGCCCACCCUGAUCUCCUCCCAGGCCCCUGGCCAGGGCCUCGGGGGGGGCCCCAUGACCCACCACGGGCCCCUGGUCGACCCCUACGACAUGCCGGGGCCCAGCUACUCCACGGGCUCCUCUUACCCCUCCUCCUCUACCGCGGACCCCCAGGGCCCCGCCCCCGGCCAGGGCCCCGCCCCCGGCGCCAUACGCUCCUCCAGGGCCCGUGCGCGCCGGGUGAGGGAGGAGUCAGUGAGUGACGACGGCGACGUUGGUGUGUUACUCACCCCCGAGGAGGAGGAGAAGAGACGCGUCCGCCGCGAGCGCAACAAGAUGGCCGCCGCCAAAUGCCGCAACCGCCGGCGGGAGCUCACGGACCGGCUGCAGUCGGAGACCGACGUCCUGGAGGAGGAGAAGUCCGAGCUGGAGGCGGAGAUCUCGGAGCUGCAGAAGGAGAAGGAGCGGCUGGAGUUCGUCCUGGUGGCCCACCAGCCCGGCUGUAAGAUCCCGUACCAGGAUCAGAGCCAGCCGCAGCCCUCGGGGCAGCUCCCCCCACUACAGCUGGCGCCCCAGCCCGGCCAGCAGGACGUCUCCAUCCUGGGCCUGACUGUGAAGGAGGACGAUUUCUUCCUGCCUCCCGCCUACACCCCCCACCCGAGCUCCUCGCUGGCCCUCCCGCCGCCGCCGCCGCCGCAGCAGCAGCAGCUGCCACCGCCAGGGCUAAUGCAGGAGGUAGCCUUUUCUACUUCUUUCUAUGGCUCGAGCCAGCCGGCGGCGGGGGGGGCCUGCCACACGGGCCUCCACGGUGGUGGUGGUGGUGGUGGUGGUGGUGGUGGUACCCAUGACGGCGGCUUCAACCCCUCAUACACAUCCUCAUUUGUCUUCACCUACCCGGAGGGAGCCUGCGGGGUCAGUGCCAACCAACGCAACAGCAGUAGCGAGCAGUCCUCCGACUCUCUGAACUCGCCCUCCCUGCUCGCGCUCUGACCGGCCGCCGGACACUAACCCCCCCCGACCCUAUACGCACACGUCGACGCGCACACACCGCACACACACACACACACACACACACCGCCCAGCGACACCAGGCGCCCGGGGCGAUCGCCCGCGCUGCCCUGAGCCCCGAGGGGACGGGUUUUACGUAACCCGAUAGCGAGCUUUUCUCGGAUAUUAUCACAUUGAAAAAACGAAUUGUUAACCGAUAAUUGACCAUUCAGUUCCUUCUCACUGAGGAUUCUGAUGGUGUCGUAUGAGCCAAAGCUGUCCCUGUGCACAGCAGUAUCGAAUCGCUCCAAAUGAGGGUUCAAGGGAUUCAAUUAUUACUUUCAUUCACAAUAAUUCCUUUGAAACUUUACCUUUCAAGUGAAUUAUUUCAAUUUAAAACCAGAUCCCCCCCGUCCCCAUGAGCCCCCCCUUUAUCUCUGUCGGCCGCCCCUCCCCUAGUGCCCCCCUCCCAUCCCCCUCCAUCACCUCCUGCCCCUCUUCAUCACGCUGAAUGUAUUUGUGCCGAGCUGAACUAGGGAGGAAGGACGCCUUGGCUGGGGUCACUCCUACUGAAGGGCAGACGGCCGAUCUCUCGCUCUCUUCUUCUUCCUCACAUGCUCGACCUUCUUCGCUUCUCCAUUCGAUGUGACGUUACGCGUGACGGGACCGACGGGUUCUCCGCUUCCGCCCGCCGCUCACCUUUUUUUUUUGUAUGCUACUGCUGCUGUGCGUGCUCCGGCCGCCCUGUCCCGACUGUGGCCUCUUUAUCCUUCUGUUUCUGUGUCUCUCCUUUCCUUCUCUGAAGUCUCCGUCCCCUGAGAGCCCGAAGACUCCGACCGACCCCUGGGACCUUGAGUGAAGGGCGGACCCCCCCCCCAAAACGCUCCCAUGCACGCGCGCACACGUGGAAACCCCCGACACACCGACACAGGAGAGGCUUUCAAUUUGGAAACGGGGAGAUGCUUAGAGCGAGUGAUAGUCGUUCACAUGCACACAGACACGCACGUAAAUGUAAAGAUAAAAAGUGAGUGAUUCAACAGACACUUGUGAGAUUCACAAAGCAACAGGGAUGCCACUGUCCUCUCCUGAGCCAAUGAUGGAGUUUAAAAUGACGGAAGAUGAGACGCAUCUUCCCGUGCGAUGGUUGAGGUUGGUGGGAACGUAAGCGAAGAGAGGAAGGAAGGGAAGUCAAAGCUGAUAUGCUGAGGCUUUGACCACAGGGAAGAGGAGAGGAAGGCGCUUUACACCAAUCGAUAUCUGGAGCCAAAUGUUAAAAAGCACAACAAAAAAUAAACUCUGUUCUUGCAAACUUUGUGGGGGGCUGACUCAUCAGCGGCCUAGCCCCGCCCCCUUAUCAGCAUCCUCUUGGCCAACAUGCAAGUAUUCAAACGGUCGUCUUCAGUCCUGACGUUGAGGCUUGAUUUGUUUUGUCACACGACUAACCGCCUCCGUGUUUGUCAUCAAAGGCUCGGUUUGAUAUCCAGGGUCUGAAUAGAGGGUGUCGGUUCUGAGGGAGAAGCAUAGAAGCAUAUUAAAAGGAGUAUUCUGAAGAAUUUGGGAGGAGUGUUUGUAGGAGCUUUAUGAGACACACCUGUUGGGACCAUGAAUGAAUAGGAAGCAAACUGUUGCCUUUAUUUAGAGGAGGUAUUUUUUUAAGUGGCUUGGACAAUCAAAGUGUUGGGUGCGCUGGUCUCUGCACCCUCUCUGCCCCCCAGGGGAGAGCAGAUGGAGGGUGUGUUUAUUGUGAGUCUGUCCCCACAGAGCCCCUCAGCCCAUUAUUGAAGUCCAUUCGAUGGAGAGCACAAAUAAGACCAGAAAGUAAAGCAAAACGGUGUUACGAGGGUAUAUUUUUGAGAUAGCCUUCUUUCUUUGCCUGUGAACUUGUACAAUUUAUUUUCCUAUGUGGUUGAGUAAAGAAAUGCUAUUUUUAUAGUUUCAUGUUUGUUUAAAUGUGUGUUUUGCGUUGUCCCAUGCUCUUAAUUGUAAUGUUGCUGCCAAGAUUUCCCGUGUUUUAUUUGGUGUCCUCAUAACUGUUACUAUUAUAAUUACAUUGUAACUAAUAUUGUUUGGUUAUUGUGUUGUGAUUUUGUUUGGCGACUUCGGAGGCAUGUCGUGCACUAUGAAAGUGUUUCUGUGUCAAAAGAUUUACUCGUACGCCUUUAUGCAUAUACAUAUAUACAAGAAAUGUAUAUAUAUAUUCGUUUAUGUGCCAUGAUUGUAAAGUAUGAAUGUUACAGAUCUGAAUAGAAUAUUUUUGUCAAUGAAGAAAAAACAAGAUGAGAUGAUGUUAUUGAAGCUAGUUUUAAAAUGGGAUAUUUUUCUAAAAGAACAAAAAAAGUUAAACUAUAGUAUAACGAAAGCACUCCCCCAUUACCCAACAUUAAGCCCAAUCUUACUGCCUCGCCCCGUGUAUUUACAUGUUUUAUAUAUAAAACACUAACCUGCAUCAGUGCAGGUGUUGGGUAAGACGAGGUUAUGUUCUGGUCCUGCUGGGUUAGGGCUGGUUGUUCUCUGUGAGGUCGGCGCCCAAAGCCACUGACCCCUCAGCACUCAAAGGCCAUCAGCCAGCGACUAAAGAGGAAUGCAUCGAGUCUGCCCAGAUAUUAAGAUAUGCUGCAACAGAAUGUCACUUAGAGACAGACUCUUUUAUGUUAAUCCGUGACCUCUUGGCGUCAAACAUGUUGCUCCUCAGACACUGUCAAUAAAAUUGUUGUUUUUUUGAAGGUCAAUUUGAUAUCAGAUGUCAACAUUAUCACGCUCAGUAUAUAGAGAUAUGAAUUGACUGCUUAUUGAUUGUUUUUGACAGUGUCUCCAGGCCCUCCCAGACGGGCAGACUGGUCUGGUCUGUGCAGGGCCUGUGUUUGUACAUUCUGUUGGUAUUGAAGUUGCCUUUUAUUGUCACUCCAGACAUAAUGUGAUAAAAAUGUGUUCUGGGGUCCCAAAAAAAUAAUGCUCUAUAUAUAUAUUCAGUAGUUCUCAUGUACAUUCCUUUUUGGUGCUACUUACAGUUUAUAAUAUGAAGCUCUAAUAAGAGGAGGAUUUCCCUUUGUAUGACGUUUCUAUGGCUAUGGUUCCACACAGAAUGUGACACGGUAUAUUCUUUAAUAUACACGACUGCUUUUGGUCCGCCCUGGGAAUCAGUGUCCAUUUUUUUUGUUGAAUUUCUUCUCUCUGGAAGCCUGCCGUGGGGGGAACGCGAUGGCUGUGGGAGCAUAAUGUGAUCACCAGCGGCUCGCUGUGGUGUGUUUUGGCACUGCACUUGCCCUGCAAUCAUCUGCAUCUCUUCAUCGGCUACCUGGACACUCUAUGAAUCCGAUGGCAUAGCAUAUAUCCAAAAAAUAGAUUCACGAGUGGUGGGAACUUGAUCCAACCAUGUUAGGAGUUGUUUGCAGUGUAUGAUAUGCAAUACCUAAUAUCCUCCAGGAUUACCAUAAUGUAGCAACCCGAACUGAAGACCUGAGAUAGAGUGCUAUUACAUAUCUUGGCACGUUUUCUGCUACGUGGGGAUGUAUUGCUUUAUUUAUGACCUCCAGUUAAGAUGUGGAUAUUCUAUUCAUAAUAUUUACUGUAUCAUUUCAAGAGCCAAUCCUGUGUCCUGUUGCCCUGACGACCCCUUGGGGUGCGUUAGGUAGAGAUGAGACGUUGGUUGGGUUUCUGUCUCUUGAUUGGAUUACCUCUUCAUGGCACUUUGUGGCUUUGUUUUAAAAGUGCUACAUAAAUAAAAGAUAUUUUACUUA